AUGGGCAAGACAUACAAGAUUGCAGUACUACCAGGUGAUGGUAUUGGCCCCGAAGUGUGUGACCAAGCCGUACAAGUGCUACAGACAGUAGCUGAAUUGUUUCAACACCACUUUGACUUCAUGCCAGCACUCUGCGGUGGUGCAGCCUACGAGCAGCAUAAAACUCAUUUACCUCAAUCAACUGUUGACAUUGUAGCGUCGUCAGAUGCCGUGCUCUUUGGGUCAGUAGGUGGGCCGACAGAUGCUCAAGAAGACCCAAAGUGGCGAGAUGCUGAAAAGAAUUGUCUGCUUGGAUUGCGUCAGAAUUUUCAAUUGGCCGUUAAUAUCCGCCCAGCAAAGAUUUACUCAAUGCUACCAGAUUUAUCUCCAUUAAAGUCAAGUAUCAUUUCGAAUGGAGUUGACAUGGUGAUUAUCCGUGAACUUGUAUCGGGUAUUUACUUUGGCGAACACCAGACAAUUGAUGAUACGGCCACAGAUAUCAUGAGAUAUACCGAGGCUGAGAUUGCUAAACCUAUGAAGUUUGCUUUUGAGACGGCAAUGAAGCGAUCCAAACGCCUGACAGUCGUAGACAAAGCCAAUGUGCUGGAUUGUAGUCGUCUAUGGCGCAAGGUCGCUAAAGACAUAGCCAAGAGCUUUCCGGAGGUGCAAUUGGACUUUUUAUACAUUGACAAUGCUGUGAUGCAGCUGAUUCGAAAUCCGUCCCAGUUUGAUGUGAUCGUGACGGGUAACAUGUUUGGAGAUAUCCUCUCGGAUGCAGCCUCCGUACUGCCAGGAUCAUUAGGUCUCAUGCCCUCAGCUAGUCUUGGUGAUAGUGUCCACUUGUUUGAACCUAUUGGCGGGUCAGCCCCUGACAUUGCUGGCAAAGAUCUCGCAAAUCCAAUCGCGCAGAUCCUGUCGGGUGCGCUACUGCUACGUUACUCGUUCAAGAUGGAAACGGAGGCUCAGCUGAUUGAAAAGGCUGUGGAGCAUGUGCUCUUAGAUGGUGUGCGCACAGGUGAUUUGACCAGGGAUCAGUCUGUAGUAGUGGGCACCAAGGCCAUGGGCGCUGCCAUUAUUGCCAAGAUGAAAGCGCUGAUACAUUAA